UUAGGCGCCUACAUUCGGGCACUCAAUUAUCAAUAACAAUUGCAUAAAAUAUAUUCUACCCACAAUCGAAAGAAGUCAGCAUUCCAUUUUUUUAAUUAAUAUUCCUUCAAUUUUCACAACUAAAUGCACUGUAAUUUCAUUAUGAAUUUUACUCUCAAUCGAUAAAGAAGGUUGUGACCCGACAAUUGUAGAUAGAGGUUUCCGUUCAUAUCUGUAGGGUGAUAUGCAUACUCAAUGAUUAUAACUGCUUAUGAAAACAGUAAUUUCGAUGUAUUAAAAUGUCAACAAUGUUUAUAUUUCCGAUUUACCUACAAAAUUAUGUAUAAAUUGUUAAAAGCAAAUAGUGGGAAAAUAUAAAUGAAACAUGAAGAAGGAAAGAACGGCCGAUAAUAGCCGACCAUAUAAAUUGGCUCAUCAAAUAUUGAGCCUCACAGGUAUAAGCUUUCAAAGGAAGAGCAUUAUUGGAUUUGUAGAAUUGACAAUAGUUCCACUUAGAGAUACAUUAAGACUGAUAAAACUUAAUGCGAAGCAAUGUAGAAUUUAUAGAGUAUGUUUAAAUGACACCUAUGAAGCACCAUUUCAAUAUUUUGACCCAUUUUUGGAUAUCUGUCAAGGAGAUGGAAAACAGAGGUCAUUGGAAUUCUUUUCAAACAUGCACUUAGCAGCUGCACAGAGAGUUGAUCCAGAUAAUAAUGCAGGAGAAUUAGUAGUACAGAUCCCACCAGAUGCAGCGCAUCUAGUUGCUGAAGGAAGAAGUUUAAGAAUUAGCAUUGAAUUCUCUUUAGAACAACCUCAAGGUGGAGUGCAUUUUGUUGUACCAAAUUGUGAAGGAACAUUAGCUGAGAGAGGAGCACAUAUGUAUACAUAUAGCUACGAAAAUUCGUCAAGACUAUGGUUUCCAUGUGUUGAUAGUUUUGCAGAACCAUGUACUUGGAAACUAGAAUUCACUGUUGAUGAUUCAAUGACUGCUAUAUCUUGUGGUGACCUAGUAGAAGUUGUAUAUACACCAGACAUGAGGAGAAAAACCUUUCAUUAUGUUCUUAAUACACCAGCAUGUGCACCAAAUAUUGCGCUUGCAGUUGGACCAUUUGAAAUAUUUGUGGACCCUUAUAUGCAUGAGGUAACACAUUUUUGUUUACCACAAUUGUUACCAUCAUUGAAAGUUUCUGCAAAAUAUAUGCAUGAAGCAUUUGAAUUUUAUGAAGAAACUUUGUCAAAUAGAUACCCUUAUUCUUGUUAUAAACAAGUGUUUGUAGAUGAAUUGGACGAAGAUAUAAACGCAUAUGCCACUAUGAGUAUUUUAAAUACAAAUUUAUUACAUUCUACUGCAAUUAUUGAUCAAGUUUAUAUUACAAAAAAGGCUAUGGCACAGGCUGUGGCAGAACAAUUUUUUGGAUGUUUUAUAUCCAUGCAAAAUUGGUCUGAUACGUGGUUACCUAAAGGUAUUUCAACGUAUCUAACCGGUUUAUAUGCAAAAAAAUGUUUUGGCAAUAAUGAAUACCGAGAAUGGGUACAAUCGGAAUUACAAGAAGUUGUAAGAUACGAAGAACAGUUUGGAGGUAUAAUCUUAGAUCCUUCACAACCUCCAGCACCAUUACCUAUUGCAGCUAAUACACCAGCACCAACCCCUAGAGCUCCAGAUCCUGGUUUUUAUUUUCCAAUAAGGAAUUUACAUACAAUGUCUCCAAAGUACAUUGAAGUACUUCGUAAAAAGGCGCAUUUAGUGAUUAGAAUGUUAGAACAUCGAAUUGGACAAGAAUUACUCCUACAGGUUUUCAAUAAACAACUUUCAUUAGCAGCUAAUGCAGCUCAACAAAAAAUUGAUUCUGGACUCUGGUCUCACAUGUUAAUUAGUACAAAUGUAUUUACAAAAGCAAUCUUUACCGUAACAGGUAAAGAUAUGGCAGUUUUUAUAGACCAGUGGGUCAGAACUGGUGGUCAUGCAAAAUUUAGUUUAAGUUUUGUAUUUAAUAGAAAAAGAAAUACCGUGGAAUUAGAAAUUCGACAGGAUACUACAAACCAAAGAGGAAUUAGAAAAUAUGUUGGUCCUCUUCUAGUUAAUAUCCAAGAAUUAGAUGGUACUUUCAAACAUACUUUACAAAUUGAAGGUACCGUUGCAAAAGCAGAUAUAACGUGUCACAGUAAAAGCCGUAGAAAUAAGAAGAAAAAGAUUCCAUUAUGUACUGGAGAAGAAGUGGACAUGGACCUUUCUGCUAUGGAUGAUUCUCCUGUAUUGUGGAUAAGAUUGGAUCCCGAUAUGACACUAAUGCGCGCUGUUCAAAUUGAACAACCCGAUUACCAAUGGCAAUAUCAAUUAAGACACGAAAGGGACGUCACCGCGCAAUUAGAAGCUAUCGAAGCCUUGCAGAAUCACGCAACACCUGCUACACGAUUAGCAUUAACCGAUACCAUAGAAAAUGAACAUUGCUAUUAUAAAGUCAGAUUGCGAGCUGCACAUUGUUUAACCAAGGUUGCUAACGCAAUGGUUGCAACAUGGGCUGGCCCACCUGCGAUGUUAGCCAUAUUUAGAAAAUUGUUUGGAUCGGCUUCGUGUAGACGAAUAAUCAAACAGAACAAUUUUUCAAAUUUCCAACAUUACUUUUUACAAAAGACUAUACCUGUAGCAAUGGCAGGUUUGCGCAAUGCACAUGGUAUAUGUCCACCAGAAGUGUUAGCCUUUCUAAUGGAUUUAUUCAAAUACAAUGAUAAUAGUAAAAAUAGAUAUUCGGAUAACUAUUACAGAGCGGCAUUGAUCGAAGCUCUUGGAGCUACUGUCACACCUGUAAUUAGCAUACAACAAGGGACUGCCAUUACCGCUGAAUCUUUAUCGGUUGAUACGAAAGCUAUAUUGGAAGAAGUUACUAGAAAUUUGAACUUAGAAAAAUUGUUGCCGUGUUAUAAAUAUACAGUCAGUGUUGCUUGCUUGAAAGUCAUAAGAAUUUUACAAAAAUUCGGCCAUCUUCCCAGUAAUCCUCAUCUCUUCAGAGCCUAUGCUGCCUAUGGACAGUUUAUCGAUGUCAGAAUUGCGGCACUGGAAGCAUUAGUCGAUUUUACAAGAGUGGAUGGUAAAUGGGAAGAUUUAGAAUUUCUGCUCGAUAUGAUAGAGAUGGAUCCUCACCCCGGAGUUCGACAUCGGUUAGUGAGGCUUAUGGUCGAAAAUCCACCCUUCGAGAAAGCACAUAAGCAUCGUUUGGAUCGUGCUGAAUUAGUUGAUCGUAUAUGGAACCUUAUUAAUGGCAUGCUUUCUCAUGAUCCUAAAAUACGAUGUGAUUUAGUUGAUCUGUAUUAUACUUUAUACGGUUCGAAACGUCCACUUUGCCUCCCCAUUCCUGAGCUAGCUGCCCUUACAAAACCAAAAAAGGCGGGUCCACCGAGCCCAGAACAGGAUGUGAAACCAAAUUUAGUACAUAUAAAACACGAACCGACAGUGAUUGAAAUUGAAAGUACAAAUGCUGUAAAUAAAAGGAAACCUUCUCCCAGUAAAGAUAUUCCUGGCCCUUCAAAUUCGGUUGAUUAUGGCCCAGAAGCAAAACGACAGAAAGUGGACGAGCGAACAAAUUCAACAGUCAGCGAAGGAAAAGUAAAAUCAGAAUAUUAUAGCGAUAACUCCGCAUCAUUACCCGGUAUCAUGGGAACCGCUGGACCAGUAGGCUUUGAACCGGGAAUGUUUAAAAAAGAAGGAGAAGAACAUAAACAAAAGAGUGAUUCUGUCAACAAGAACAAGAAAAAGAAAAAGGACAAAAAGAAACAUAAACACAAACAUAAGCAUAAACACGACCAUAAGCAUGGCAAGGAUAAAGAGAAGAAAGACAAAGAUAAGGAUAAAGCUAAAGAAAAAGAUAAAGAUAAGGACAAAAAUAAAGAUUCUUCCAAUCUAAAAAUUAAAGAAGAAACUUUGAGUUCUGCAAGUUCCAGUCUUAGUCCAGAUGCAACUACUGUAACUAAUGAAUUUAUCUUUCCAUAGGAAAACGUUUAAUAGUUUAACAUAGUCUUUGAAGACUUAGACUGUUCAUAUUUUAUAUAAGUUUUAUAUAAUUCAACACUCACAUUCUCAUACAUACAAGGUGCUGUUUAUCAGCAAAUGUAAAUACAUACUUUUUAAACAUA